AGAGAAGGGAGCAGAGGAAGUGCAUGGAAGAAGAUCUUGUUCCUCAGCAGUCUUUGCACCCACAGCCAUCAGCUCUCACCCGGGAGCUGCAUCCCAGUGCUGGCACAGCAGAAGAGCUCUAGCAGCCCGGGAAGCACUGGGAGGAGGCAGCAUAGCAUUUACAGAGAUCUAGAGGAGCCUCAGUCUCGUCAAACAUUUGUCAAGCCAUCUGCUGUGGUAUCAAGGACUAUCCAAGUACCCAGACAGAGGGAUCUGAGAGAGGUGUGCGCCUGCCACACACAGCAGCCCAGCGAUGAGUGAGAACCCAGCCACCACCCUCAACACUGGAGAUGCUCCAACUGGUCCCACUACACCUCGCAAGGGGCCUCCCAAGUUCAAGCAGAGACAGACAAGGCAGUUCAAGAGCAAGCCCCCUAAAAAAGGAGUAAGAGGGUUUGGAGAUGACAUCCCAGGCAUGGAGGGACUGGGCACAGAUAUCACAGUGAUUUGCCCAUGGGAAGCUUUCAGCCAUCUGGAACUGCAUGAGCUGGCCCAGUUUGGAAUCAUCUAAGGCCCCAGCAUCUCUACUGGUGUCACCUGGUGACUCCACAGAUCCCAGCAUGGUCUUCAUCACCUUUGACACUUAUUUUUGGCCCUUACAUCCACUUGCUCAUGGGCAGCGUGGUUUUGUAAGAGCUAGUUAUGACAAAGUCCUGUGCAGAUUAAUUUGGCAAAGAAGUUAUGCAGGUCCCUGAGAAGACCUCAUGCUCCCUGUGAUGAAACUACUGAAAAAUGUCUUAAUGCCUCCCUGCACCAUAUUCUGUCUCUUCCCACUGUCAUAGAUCCUCAUGUUUAUGGAGAUACAGGGAGGCUGUAUUUGAACUUUCCUUCUGAUUAGCUGAGAUACUGUGUGCAUGUAUGUCCAGACCUCAUUAUAUCAAGCCCAUUCUUUUUCUUCCUUCCUUCCCUGACAGUUUUCUGUAUAGGAUUUCCAUGAGUAUGUCCCCACAUUAUCUGGGCCACCAAUUAUUUGCUGAGUAUAUCUGUAGGGAACAGCAUUAGUCACCAGUCCAGACAUCAGGCUAUUUUUCCAUAAGAGGCCCUUCCCCAGGGUUCACCAGAAGGAAUCUGCUGCUAAGAUUGACCUCAUCAGCUAAAUGAGGAAAAGGGCUUGCAAACGUUGUCUCUGCUGUACUGCCUACAAGCUAUGAGCCAUGAGACUCUGCCUAUUCUAAUAAUGUUAAAAAAAAUGUGUAUGUCUGAGAUCAAUAGCUAAACAAAUCAAUCCUACUACUCAUUCCUUUGUUGAUGGAGUUCCAAAGAAGCAGCACUCCAAAUAACACGGUUCCCUCUGCUUUGAUGGGACACCCCUGUGUAACACCGUCCCUGUGCCCAUACAUACUUACAUGAGGCAUUUGCUCCCCAGGACAUGUUUGCUGCCAGUUAGGCAGACAAUCAUUACCAUCCGUUACCAGACAGUGCCAGUAGUCCUGCCUCUUUUAGCAGAAGACAGUAUUGCAUUAGUUGCUCUUUCUUCCCUGUAUUUAGCAUGGGGCAAGCCCCCCUUCACACACACCCCGCCGUCAGCAGGAAGGUUUUUCUCUCUUCAUCCUCUGGCAACUUCAAGCUCUGGAGCUUGCCUGGACAAGCAGGCAAAUGGUGGCUCCCCAGAGAGUGAUAACAGCAGAGCAGGUGGGGAGGCAGGGGGAGGUUGUGAUGCAUAUGCAGGCAAGCACAGAGCUAAUCCACUUAACCGUAUCGAUUUGUAUCUCCUGGUCUCUGGCAGUCUGAGUGCUGGUGAGUGGUGAGGCACUCAUAACCACUUAAACGCUUGGGGAAGGCACCGACAUUCUCUGAUGCCCUGGCAUUAAGGAAGGGGGUUUGUUUUGUUUGGAGGAAGUAAACAAGCUUUGUUGUAGCUACAUUAUAUACAUAAAAGCAGGUGGUAUUUCUAAUCAUUGCCUUCAGUUUGAUGAGCCUCAUUGCAUAAGAACUCCCUCUCCCCAGUUUAUCUUUCCUACGCUGAACGUGUUCAUGGGAGCAAGGAGUGGUGGUGCAGAGGAGAGCAAAUCCUGCCUAAAAGACCAAUCUCCACACAUAAAGCAUUGCUAUAAAUCCAUGGUUGUGCUAUAGUUAUCCGCUACUGGUAUUCCAGAAAUAAAAGCUAGCAGUUUUCAUUUAAAAUACAGCUUGAGCACAAAAAGCUAAAGGAAAUUGCUGUUGGCAGUCCAGAGUACAGCUUUUAUUAUUCAGCACUCCUACCAUUAGAAACAGCAGUAAACCAACGAGCGGUUCAGAACCGCAACACAACCACAGCACAGGAGUCAUGUACGAUUUAGCUAAUUGCAGCCCAAAGCUGUUUCCUUGGGCAGAGGCAGUCUGUCCUUUCCACUUAGCACCAAUUUCUCCCACCUUUCUCACCUUUUAAGGCUUUUCUUCUUUCCCUAAGUGUUAUGUAAAUUACAUUUUAUUUACCUUUUACUGUAGGGGACUGAUUUAAUUUUUUUUUUCAAGCUUAUAUGCUAGCCCUCUCCUCCUGUGGUUAAAUGUGAAUGUUCCUAUGCCAAUGCUCUUGUGCUUUCCCUCACAUUACACCAUCCUGUAGCAUGUGAUCCUUAUUCCUCCUUCUCAGUCUAUCCUCUUCUACCUGGGGAAAGACCCACUGCAUCCAGUUCUGAAUUCUGCAAGCUGGUUGCCUGUAUCAUGAUUGAGUUUUCCUUUUUUUAAGCUCUUUUAAGAAGGAGAACAACAAGAGGAGAACCUUUGAAUUAGUUCUUUUGCUCCCUUUUCAAGUCAGGCCUUGGGAAAGCAGUUCAAAGAUAGUGAGAUCCUCUGUCAGAAAAUACUGGGGUAAAAGCAAAUUUCUCUGUAGUCCAGGGACUGAAGCAUUUCAGCAAAUGGGAGAGUCCUGGUGUAGUUCCACAUCUGAUUGCCAUAACCCCAGCCCCCAUCAGAGAAGUACUCCAUUCUUCUUCCUAGAAGAGUCCAACAGGAAUGCACACAUACCCCAGCUCUCGUGCCUGGCUGAUAUGCUGUAUCAGAAGAUGCUUUCAGUCAACACAGUUUGUUAAUUAUUUUUAAAAUAAUUUCUAUUCAUUAAUAAGAAUCACAUUCAUUCCUUUACUUGUAUGGAAUUUUGAGACUUAGGAAUCCUAAAACAUCCUCACAGUUAUUUUGUCUGAUGUUCUGAGUCUUUUCCAAUGAGCUAUAACCCCUGAAACUUCCAUUUUUCAAAGUGAGAGACGGCUAUGGUGCAAGAAAGCACAAAUGUGUUAAAGUAGCUUGUUGAAGGACUUCAGUCUAUAUACAUUGUAAUAUGUUAUUCUUUGUUCUUUUACUAUGAAAACAAGUCAAAAGUAAUAAAAAUUUUAAAAAAAGUUUUAAAAUUCUAGGAAUGUAGUCUGACUUGCUUACAAAAUGUAUCUGGAGAAA